GCGCUGAAGGAACCAGCAGAGCGGCAGCCCCUUCUAGUGAACGCAGCGCCAGUCAGCAUGGACACGGGAUUCUACCAAGGCGCGGCUGCUCAGCAGCACAACAACUUUGACCCCUCUGGGAAGUACAAACUCAAAUGCGAGGGCGCUUUCGUGGCAGUCGAGUGCGCCAUUGGCGAGAGUGAUGGGCUGAAGAGCCAGGGCAGUGUGAUGGUGACCAUGAGCGGCAACGUGGAUAUCGACACCAAGAUGGAGGGCGGGCUAGGGUCAUCCCUGCUUCGCUGCUGCUGCGCUGGCGGCUCAAUGUUCUUCAGCCACUACUCGAUCAAGCCUGGCCAGGGUCCUCGUGGCGAUGUGCUGCUCGCGCCGCCCGUGCCUGGCGAGGUGAUGUUGCUCCACCUCGAUGGCAGUAGCCCAGGCUGGGUGGUGCAGCCCGGCGGAUACCUGGCGUGUGACCACAGCGUCAGCAUCGGCGUGAAGAUGCUCGACCUUGCGCAGGGCUGCUGCGGCGGCGAGGGCUUCUUUGUGAUGGAGGCCAACGGCCGCGGCCGGCUGCUCAUCUGCUCCUACGGCGCCAUCACGCGGUACGACCUCGCGCCGGGCGAGAAGCGGAAGAUUGACAACGGCUACUGCGUGGCGUGGACCAGCGGCAUGCAGUGGAACAUCGCCAAGGCUGCCAGGGGGCUGUGGAACACGGUGAUUUCGGGCGAGGGGCUGGUGGCGAACUUCACGGGGCCCGGCACUGUGUUCGUGCAGACGCGCUCCAUGCAGAACCUGGCCAACGCGCUCAUGCCGUACCUGCCCAAGACGGGCGGCGGCGGCGGUGGCAGUGGCGGUGCCGAGAUCAAUUUGGGGUAGGGUUGGGCCAAGGUGGGUAGGUUAGAUAGAGGCUCCGCUGGCCAGAGUGAUCGAGCAUCAAGUAGGUACGCGUCCAUGUGGCCCCUUUGAGUCCGGAGGCGCAUGUGAUCCCGAAGUAAUGCCGAGUGCCGUUAUGUAAAAUUGGAAUGUUGCGUUCCUUGUGAUGGUGACUAUUUAGAGUGAUGUGUCCUGACUGGUGUAACAGGACAGGGGGGGGGUACGAACUGAACCUCCAGACCCCAUGUCCCA